AAGUGAGGAGAGCCGACCGGACGAGAGACGUAGCCUGGCACUCUCCUGCGCGAAGCGCAGAUUUAUGCAGUUUUUCCAGUUACAUGUUACCACUGUUCAGAAGUCCAGAAUUCCUGAUCAGUCAGCGCCUGGGCAUGAUGCAGGACGACGAAAAGGAGCCGGAAAGUGCACCGCAGAUGAUAUUUUCUGCGCCCGAUCCUACGACGGGAUUGCCGAUCACGCAAGAACAACUCAUCGCUAGUCAAACAAGAAUGACUAGUAUCCUGAUGGCCACGAGAUAUCCCGUAUCGCUACACGCCACGUUAGCGACAUCUCCGUCGCUCUACUCGCAGGAGUUCUUCAGGAGUUGGGUACCGCGAAUCGCAUCCUCGCCACCUUCUCCCUUUGACCCAACACGAGUAUCGCCGGUCCCCAACACAAAACCCUCCUCCCGACGUAACAAUCGUAAACGUAAUAAUAAUAACAACAACAAUAACAACAACAACGACAGGAUUGUCAGGAGGGGUCGUGCAGACACAAGCAGAGUUAGCCCUUCAACCAGUCCGGAAACGACGAGGAAUAAACGUUUCGUGUGCGGAGUGUGCAAUACGCCCUUCGGAUAUAAACAUGUGCUGCAAAAUCAUGCGCGUAUACAUACCGGCGAGAAACCUUUCCAGUGCAAAGAGUGCAAGAAAAGAUUUACUCGAGACCAUCACCUGAAAACGCACAUACGACUCCACACGGGCGAAAAGCCAUACAAGUGCACAUACUGCGAUCGAAAAUUCGUUCAGGUCGCGAAUCUUCGUCGUCACGAACGCAUACACACCGGCGAUCGCCCAUACGCCUGCAAUUCGCCCGGGUGUUCGUCGAAAUUCAGCGACUCGAAUCAGUUGAAGGCGCACAAGCUGAUACACAAAAAUGAGAAAUCGUUCGAAUGCGAGAACUAUGGCGGGACGCAGGAAUCGUCGCCGGACGUCGAAUCAACCGCGUCGUUGUACAGCGACAGCCACGAUUCGGAGGAGAACGCCGACGGUGAUGGCGACGCCCACGUCAACGGGGAGCAGACAAUGGAGGAGGAACCGGAGGAGAUCACCACGAGAAGGUUCAUCACGCUGAGGAGCCUGGCUGGUCUACCAAUUAACCCCGAGCUCAACGGUCCCGUGUAUCCCUCGAUGACGCUAAGUCCGCCGGAGACUUCGAUUGACUUGCCGGAGCAAACGGAACCCGAGGACCUGUCCAUGAAUAAAUCGUCUUAGCACAGAUCGCACUCUGACGAAAGCACCAGUUCAUCGCUGAAUGCCGACGUCAGCAUUCCGGAAAUGUACAUUUAG